AUGGCCACUAUCCUUGAGAUAUUCGGCUCGUCACACCAAGAACACAAAGUGCCAUCUUGUCGUGAUUGGCAACUCAAGCCGAAUCAUCAUGACCAUCAAGGAGGACAGAGAUACGUCAGUCCAACAACAGGCAAAUGCAAGAAACUCGUGGUGCAGUCGGUGUUUCCGAAAGGAGAUGAAGUCAAGGUGAACGAUCAAUCAGCAAAGUCUAGCAAGCUUGCUGUAUGGCUCGUGGAAAACCCCCCAACAUCGUUCGAAGACAUUCUCCAGUGGCUUGGGAGAUGGGCUUGGUUCGCUCUCGCUCUUAUCUGGCCUUUCGAUAGGCCGGAGUAUACUGGGCAUUACAAACCAUACCUCCUCAGAUACUGGGGUCAGUUAUGGGCCGCUCGUUCCCCUAAAGAACACUCUACUCGCGUCAACGAUUUGGAGGAAAAACCACUACCUAUACCUCAGGAUAAACCCGGUGAUACUACCGACAUCACUCGUGCACUCUAUCCGCGCUUACUCAUGCUAUACAAUUCACAACUCGAUACCUGGGCUUCUUGUGACGAUAAAGAUGUUCUUAUACACCAUCCUUACGUUGCCAUAUCCUAUCGACAAUCAGAUUUCUUCAAGAGAGGAGAGGAUGAGAAGGGCAAGAUAGUCGAGUUGGAGCAAAAGGAUGCGCUGGUGGAGAAGAUCCGACGAGCAUGCCUCGGACAAGGUUAUUUUGCUUACUGGCUAGACUUCGAAUGCACCGGUGCGUCUAUGGAAGAGAAAAAUCUUGAUCUAUACCGCAUCGCAGACGUAUUCAGAGGCGCUUCUUUCACCUUGAUCACGAUCGCCGACAGCCAGGACGACCACAGUUUGGGAGGUUGGAAGAGCUGGGGUGGUCGCGUAUGGACACUUCCCGAGGCACUCCUCAGCCCACGUAUGCGCUACAUGGUGGGAGAUGGGCCAGUGGCUCCUGUGACACUACGUCAGCUUGCGAACUGGGCGUACGAGCACUACGACGAAGAAGUGGCCAUCAUAAAUGGAUAUAGUGGGAAGGAUGCGUUGGAGAGGUUACAGCGUCUCAUGUUGUUGAAGAAUGCUAUAUGGCGUCGCUCUAGUGGAUCAAUCACUACACCUCAAACGGGAGAGAAGGCGCAGGUAUCACAGGAGACUCUUGUGCCACGAAGCGAGUUCACUGCAUACCCAGCAGAAAAGGUCUAUGCCUUGAUGGGCUUUUUCGAACGUAGAAUCAUGCCCAAUUUUCUCGAGACAGAACUGCAAGCGCUUGCGCGGCUUUCGAUGGCCAAUGAUAGUGAUAGAAUCGCUGAGAGGAUGGUAUCCAUGCUCCCUCCCAAAAUCUCGCCAUCUGCCUGCUGGUACUCCGACGAAGAUGUGUACGGAGCUAAUCUAUGGGAUGUGGAACCCGAUGUGCAAGUAGCUGGAAUCACAAAGAAUGGUGCAUUGGUGUUGGACGGUUGUCACGCAGCAGCGAUCAGGUGGAAAGGCUUUCCGGACGUUGCCUUCCUGUCCAAGAUGACUUUCAAGCGCAUUGUCUGCGGUUCUCUACCGUAUUUAUCUUGGGAGUUCCUGUUACUCGGCAUAGUCCUCGUACCCUUCGAAAGAUCCUCCGGAAUAGCCAUUAUAGUCAUAUCAUUGAUCUUGUUGUUGGUUUCCCCGAAACUCAUCGUCUACAGCCACUCUGGGCGUGUUAUGUUGGCACAACCCUGGCUUAUUGGUGUCAAGGGCAUUAUUACAGCCGAGCAAGCCUCAAAAAGGCUAUACGGCAGUACCAAGUCAAGCUUCCCUCAGACAUUCUACACCGCCAGUGGCUCCGAAUUCGCCGUACCCAACGAGCAGGCUAUCCGCAAAGGAGAUGACUCUCAGGUCACCUUAGCAUCUGGACCAGAAUGGGCCGGAAACGUUUACACGCUCAUAGAUACCAAGUCGUUCACCAUUUACUAUUUCAGGGCAGAACGGCCGCCAACGGUUUGCGUGUUCACAGGUCGAGAAGGUGGGCUAGGAAGGUUCGUCCUAUGUUCAGAAAGUUGCACUAUCAACGAACUACACAAGGAGACUGUCUUGCGAAUGCCGUCGUACAUAAGCAAGUCCAUGUGGGCAUGCGACUGGCUCGCUAUCGGUGGUUUGGAUCCUCCCUCCCACCAGGUACCUAUUGCUGAGCAGGUUCAAAUUCCGGAGGCGCCUGAGCCAUCUAUGAAUCCAAUUGUCAGGCGGAAGACGACAGGCAAUACAUUCCUCUGGUGGACACUGUUUACGGUUCUCUUGGGCUUUUGUUUGAUACCGUCGGUUCACGCAGCCAGUUCCCCACUUGGGCAAAUUUAUACCCAAGCUCCACUUGAUCCAAUCUCCCUCAUCACCCUCUUCUUCGAUGAUCCCGAGAAGGAUAUGUUGGAUAGGAAAGGCGACAUGACGUUACUCACUUGUUUCGGGCUUUUUGCCAACCCUGCUACUGUCUGGCGCGAGUAUUACUCCCUGCAUAUUGGCCAAGGCUUGCAAUACUUUAAUCCUUUGCAAAGCAUCACUAGCACCGUGGAAGUCGGACAAGUACACCGGUAUCUCAUGUCAUUGAGUGGGGGGUACGAUAAAACCGGCAUGGUGGUGCGACUGAAACAGUUGAAAAAGAGGCAGUGGUUGCCCACUUCGUUCUCUUGGGAGUACUGCGUCAUCAGGCCAGUGGUAUUGGCGGCGCUGAUCAGCAUUGCCAGCUUGUCAUUGGAUUUCUUCGCUCUUGGUUCGUUGGGCGCGCUUCUCUUUGGCCAGACAAUCGCGAUCGUGAAAAGUAUCGCCGACGGUCCACUCCCAAGCGCAGGGAAGGAGACAGAAGAACAGUCAAACGUAUUCUUCCUGGCCAAUGGUGUUACCGUUAUAGUCAAGGCUCCAGGCGAGCUUUUUAUCGAAGCUACGUCAUCCAGAGUGUUCGGGAAAGCACGCGCUCCUGAAGGCUGGCGACUGAUCUCAACCGUACUCUUCAUGGGAGGAAUACUGCUUGUCGGUUUCUCUGGUAUGCUGUUCCGGAUCUCGUAUCUCGUCGCACAUGUGAUUCAGGCAGCACUGCUCGUGUAUGCUGGCGAUAAACCGCUGCAGCGUCAGAUUGUCAACCGGGUGGAAUGGGUGGUGGACGGCAACGAUAUCGAGAAGCCGCUAUUGCGCAGGAGAGAUACAUAUGUUUGGGUAAUUAAACAAAUCAGGAAGCACCCCUGGGAAGGCUUCGAAUGGUUGAAGACCUGGAACCUUGCAUCUGGAGAAACAUUCAACUACGUAGAGACGCUACUUGCAACGCCCGAUGGACCAUGUCUAGAAAAUGGUCUUAUUAUCUCAGAGAAAACUUGACCGUCAUUUCUUUUAUUGAAAGUAUUAUUUAUAACGUCUUCUACCUCCCUAAUCCAAGUUUGUUAAUUCUUUCGUUUUUUUUAUCUGGGGCACGAGUUUAACGUUGAAGUAUUGCUUAUUGUAAACUACAAAUCAUUUCCGAUUACUGUUCCCUUGUUGUACUAGAUGUUUGCAUUGAUUCUUUCUUUGGGUCUUAUGUUUGGACCGCCACAUUACUGUUUUACAACGUCGACAUUGCUUUCCACUGCGACAAUUUAAUGUUUGUACCCCAAGACACUUGCAACCUCUGCGGCUCCUUCUAACAGAUUCUUUAGCCUGUCCUUUGUGCUCCCCAUGUUCUCCGCGUCUGACUGAUAGAUAUCCAGUCGUACAGCCCGCUGACCAACAUUAGAGGAAAAUUUUUGCGUGAAUGUCUCUCGCCCCGAUGAGCGCGUGAAGAUGUCCAAGAGUCCACCUCUAGUUGCGCAACUUAUGAGCUGUGACACCCCCAAGGCGCGAGAAUCUUUAUCAAGCGCCACAACCAACACGCGCCCCCUUAGGCC